CCCCAGUGUAGCAUUCCAUCAUCUUCCCUGAUCUUCACCACACCUAAAACACUUUCUUGCUCUUCAUUUCUUCAGUUAGCAAUGACGCCUUUUCUCUUCUUAGCCACUUUGUUCUUAACCCUCCUGAGGGCUCUGAAGGCUGAUCCAACUGAUGGGUUCAGCUAUGUUAAGCUGAGUGAGGCAAAUUUUCAAGUCCAGAAGCCGUACGAUGUCUCUGUCAAUCAACGCUAUUCGUACAUUGGUGGUGAACACAGACUGUGGGUUUAUAAGACAGAUAAACCUUAUUCUCAAACUAGCAAUACCAAACCUCGUACUGAAAUUCGCAUCACAGGCUACGACUACACUUCAGGUGUAUGGCAAUUCGAGGGUUAUGCAUAUGUACCCUCUGGAACUUCUGGUGUCAGCAUAAUGCAAGUAUUUGGAGCAAGCACUCAGGCCACAACUGCUAUGCUAAGAGUCUACAAUCCAUCCCUCACAUACUACACAAAUCCUGUCCUAAUCCCCAACGUCUACAACAAAUGGUAUCGUGUCAAUGUGAUACAUGACACAGGUGCAGGGAGAGUUAGAGUGUACAUUGAUGGAGUUUUCAAGUAUGAAACUCAUGAUAAUGGUCCUGCUACACACUAUUUCAAGUUUGGAGUGUAUACACAAGACAAUCCUUCUGAUUACAUGGAGUCCCGUUGGGUUGGAAUCAAAGUUCUGAGGAAGAACUGAGAUCGAUGUAUUGUGGCAUAAAUAAUUAUGGGAUAUGUGAAGGCCAAUGUGCACUUCUAAUAAUAAUAUUAAUAACCCUUGUACUUCGGUUUGAUGGUUGAUAUUUCUCAAUAAUGGAAGAUAAAGGUUUUUGUUUUUCA